GAAGAAGGUCGUUACCCAUAGUGCUUUGCGUUGGAACUGGAAACAAAGUGUCUUUAGAACAACUUGUGCACGAGAUUUAUGGUUAAAUGAAUUCUGAUUUAGUUUUUCGUAUUUUAUUUCGUUUUGUGUCCUAGACUAGUCUGACGUUGACCAGCCAUGUCUGAGGCCCUGAAGAAGCGCAAGUCGAAGGUUCUCCGCAGCGAGAUGGGCACACCGGAGGUGAAACGUGGCCGCGGAGAGGGGGACCAGGAUGUACGUGUGUAUAGUGAGGAGGUGGAGCUGGAUGGCAGGGACCCAGAGGAGGACUACCAGCAAUAUAAACUAACAUGUGAAGCUCUGGCCCAACUGAUGAACGAUAUCCAGGAGCUGAAAGCCAACGGCGCCAAGGAUGGGUGUGCUGAGGUAGAGCAGAAGAGGAUGCAGAGCUGUAUCCACUUUAUGAGUCUGAAGAAACUCAACCGCCUGGCUCACAUGAGACUGAAGAGGGGGAGAGACCAGACACAUGAGGGCAAGCAGAGAGUAGAUGUGUUGCACCUGCAGCUCCAGAACCUGCUCUAUGAGGUCAUGCACCUGCAGAAGGAGAUCAGCAAGUGUCUGGAGUUCAAGUCAAAGCAUGAGGAGAUAGAUCUUGUGAGUGUAGAUGAGUUCUACCAGGAGGCCCCCCCUGAGGUAUCCCGCACCCCCCUCACCAAGGACGACACCCACCAACUCACGCUGGCCAGGCUGGACUGGGAACUGGAGCAGAGGAAGAGGUUAGCUGAGCAGUACAUGAGCUCUCAGCUAAAGGAGUCUCUGUCCAGUAAGGAGAAGAUCCAGAAAGGCAUUGAGGUGAAGAAGGAACACCUGAGUUCUCUACAGCCUGGACUCAACGCUAUCAUGCAGGCAUCCCUCCCAGUCCAGGAGUAUCUCUCCAUGCCGUUUGAACAGACCCAGAGACAGACAGAGAUCGCCCGCCAUCUUCCCCCUUCUCUCUAUGUCCUACUGGUACAGGCCAGUGCUUACGGACAGGCCUGCGAUAAGAGCCUGAGUGUGUCCAUCAGUGGAGACGUGGACGAGGCCAAAGCUCUGUCUAAACCUCCAGAGGACUCCCAGGAUGAUGAUUCUGGUGAUUCUGAUGCAGAGGAGGAGCAGGAGAAAACGAUGGCAGUGUGCUGCAUCUGUUGUUCUACUACCUGAUGAACCUGAACAUCAUGACUGUCAAGGCCAAAGUCUCCACCGCCACAGAUCUCACUGGAGCUAUCAGCGCCGGGUGCGUGUGUGUGCUUGCGUGUGUGUGUGGAGUUUGGGUAGUGCGUGUGUGUGCUUCCGUGUGUGUGUGGACUGCCUGUAUGCCAACGACCAGGGGCGUGAAAACGCCCAACCCCUCUAACCGCUCACGCCUGGCCCUGCACAAACAGUCCUCCUCACUAGAGCACAGUAUUGUUCCAGUGUCCAGUGAGUGCCAGCACCUGUUCCCUGCUAAGGUUCUCUCCCGCCUGGCUCGCUGGACUACCAUCACACACCAGGAGUACACGAAUCAGGUGUUCACGCAGCAUGUGUCAGAAGCAGGUCUGGCUCGGGAGACUGACCUGUUCUUCAUGGCCGUGUUGGAGAGAGGAACAGCUCGUCUUCAGGCUGCCGUGGUGUUGAACCCCUGUUACCCAGUCAUUUCUCCUCUCUUUGCUGUCUCACUCAGCUGGAAGGGGGAGCGCAGUGGACGUACUGACGACAACCUUCGAGCCAUGGAGAGUGAGGUGAACGUUUUCAAAUCAGAGCUGCAGGGGCCCCGCCCAGGCCACCAGCUGCUGACCAAUCAGGUAGCUCGUCUGGGUGUCUGUCUGGAUGUGUACCUGGAGACUGACGGACAGGACGACAGCGUGGAGGGACCACGGGAGUUCCCCAGAGAGAAGAUGUGUCUACGCACUGUCAGGGGUCCGAACCGUCUGAAGCCGUUCAAGUACAACCACCCCCAGGGCUUCUUCAGUCACCGCUGACCUCUCCUUUACCCCUUCACCCCUGACCCCCUCACCCCAGAUCUCUUACCCUACCUCAAGGCUUCUUCUGAAUUUACCCUCUGUCAUGCCCCUGCCCUCAUAUCCCCAUAUCUUGUUUGUUUAACACACUGUUUGACACAUUCUGUGUGUCGGUUGGUCAAUAAAAAGCUAGUGAUCUUGUUUGGAUCUGCAA